UAAAUAUAUACAUACUAUUUAGGAAAAGUGAAAAAGCCUUCACCUUCAAUCCAGAAUAAAUUUUGGAUUAGGGUUUUCGAUUUCAAAGGAGAAAAGCGGUGUGGUUGCUUAAAUUGAUCCAGAUUUUCACUUUGGAUUUCGCAUUAGCCGUUUAAUUGAUUGGCUUAAAUGGAUUUGGAAACUGAAAACAGAAUAGCAGCUAUUCUCUUAAAAGAGGCAGCCGAACUGAAACGGCAAGCGGACAAGGAAGGUGUUCAUGUUUAUCUUCAGCAGCCAAAAGUAAGGGGUCGGCCAAAUUCGCGCUUCCUCACCGCUACUGUGCUUGGUGUACAGCAAGCUAACCGAGCUGUUGAAGUGAAUGAGAUGUGGCGAGUUCGACAAAAGGAGAUUGAAUUAAACGAUAGGCUAAAAGGAAGAUCAAAAAAAGAUACCAGCCACAUCAGGAGUUAUGGGGACACUAGCAAUUCCUCCAGAAGAACCAGUGGGAAGCACGAGAGUGAUUUUAGUGCUUCAUGCUCAUCAAGCAAGAGACCAGAUGAGAGUUCUCGUUCAAGGGAAGAUGAUGAAGGUCUAAGAGACGAAGAGAUCGAGGAAUUUCUUCAGUCAAGGGUGAAGCGCGGUCGAGGUUCUAUAGGUUCAAGGAUGGAUGAAACAGGACCUUACCUACCCACCGACUCUCCAGGAAUGCUGUCAACGGACCCCAUUAUAAGGGAACAUCGUGUCACAUUAGGUCCCAAGAAACCACCUUCACUGAAAUCCGAGGAAUUUUCUUCCGAUGAGGAAGUACGAGAACAUAGACGGAAGAAAGAAAAAGACCAUUCUAAGAGCUUAGAUAAGAAGCAUAGAAGGAAGCAUAAAUCUAAAGAAAAAUAUAUAGAUAAGAAAAAGAAGAGGAAGGAAGAAAAAAGAAGUAAACAUCGGAAGUGAGUAAUAUAAAGGUUUUAUUAUCAAUUUAUGUACUAUUUGGUGACAAUCAAUAGUUUAGUUUUAUCUAAUUUUAUGUACCAUUUGUGGUAAUAAUCAAUGAUUGAUUGUAGCUUUGUAAAAAGGGUCAUUCCCUGUUCUACGAAGAAAAUAUGCAUAAAAGCUGACGUUGAGGCUUUCUUUC